AUGCAGUUGCUGGGUUGCUACGCCAUCAGUCGAAAGCUAAAACUCAUACGUAAAGUAUCGAAAGUUUAAACUUUAAAGCAUUUUAAUCUUUGUGAUUAAUACAAGUGAUCAUUAAUUAAUUAAUAUAAAAAAAUAAUCAAGAUGUCAUUAUUACCAUUGCUGUACUCAAACUGGUGGGAAGAUCUCGACGCACCUCACAGUUUAUUGGAUCAAGACUUUGGUUUGGGAUUGCGUCCGGAGUCAAUGACACCAAGAAGCCUUUAUCUAUAUUUGCAACAGCCAAGAACAGCAUCAAGAUGCCCAAUUAACUACAACCGACCUUGGGGUGAGCUUUUGCGUAAAGGUCAGGGCGGGGCAUCAACAGUAAAAGCUGAUAAAGACAGUUUCCAAGUUUCAUUGGAUGUCCAGCAGUUUGCACCUGAAGAAAUAAACGUCAAAGUGGUCGAUCGAUCGGUUGUCGUCGAGGGCAAGCACGAAGAGAAGCAAGACGAACAUGGCUUCAUAUCAAGACAAUUCACCAGACGUUAUCUCAUACCAGAGCAAUGUGAUAUUGAUCAAGUGACUUCUAAAUUAUCAUCUGAUGGAGUUCUGUCCAUUGUUGUACCACGCAAAGACCAACCCAAGAUUGAAGGCGAGAGGAAGAUCGAAAUCGAGCACACUGGGAAACCGGCUAUCCGUGACACUGCUCCAGAGGCUGUUGCUAAGAAACCUGAGGCUUAAAUUUAAUUAUUUUUACAUUUAAUGACUAAAUAAUUUUCACUUUUUUUUUUUUUUUUUUUUAAUUUAACUCCAUUGCAUUUAAUUCAUUAAAAUAUUAAUUAUCAUUAUCAAAGACAUGAGUUAGAAUUUAAGAUCUAGUCUAUAUGCUGUAGAUUUAUGUAUUCUCUAUAAACUUUUUCUUAUAAAAUAAAACA